UUUACGUUGAACUUCUCUGUCCAUUCAUUUUUCCAUUCAUUUUCCUAUCUUCUAUCCAACCAUUCUCAUUACUUUCAUUUCCCUAUAUAACUAACUAACUUUCCCUCCCCCAUCUCAUUCUGUCACACUCUCUCCAAUUAUAUAUUUCCCAGCCCUUUUCCCUUUUAUAUUACUAUACUUUCAUCAUUUUCAUUUCCUCUCUCCUUGAAAGUGACAUUUCCUUUUCCAUUUUCCAAGAAUAUUUCAACAACUAAGUAUGGUACACACUCUAAACCAGUCAGCAAACGUGGCCAUGGAUCCACCAUUUCACGAGGCUUACAAGGCCCUGUUGGGCGAAACGGCGGCGGUGCCUAGGGGAAGCGAGGUGGUGACGGUGGAGGAAUGGGAGCUUCCGGUGGUUGAUUUGAGGCGUUUGAAGGCGGUGGCGGCGGUGGAAGUGGAAGAGUGCAAAAAGGAUAUAAUAAAAGCUUCUAAGGAAUGGGGUUUCUUUCAAGUACUGAAUCAUGGGAUUUCAAAUCAGCUUUUGGCAAAAAUGAGAGCCAAACAAAUGGAGCUUUUCAAGCAGCCGUUUGAGCGUAAGAGUAAAGAGGAUCAGUUUUUGAAUUUCUCCGCCGGAAGUUACCGUUGGGGAACCCCCUCCGCCACUUCAAUCACCCAACUCUCUUGGUCUGAAGCUUUCCAUGUUUCUCUCUCUGAUAUUCUUGGAUCCAACGGCUCCGAUGAACUCAGGUCAACAAUGGAAGAAUUUGCGGGAAAAGUUUCGAGGUUGGCGCAGAAGCUAGCAGCGAUAUUGGGAGAGAAUUUGGGUAGAAGCGCAAAAUUCUUCGUUGAGAAUUGUGUGCCGAGCACGUGCUAUCUCCGAAUGAACCGGUACCCGCCAUGUCCGGUUCCGGGUCAAAUAUUCGGUCUAAUGCCACACACCGACAGCGAUUUUCUGACGAUUCUUCACCAAGAUCAAGUCGGCGGCUUGGAGUUGGUCAAAGACGGGAAGUGGGUCGCCGUCAAACCUAAUCCCGACGCCCUUAUUGUCAACAUCGGAGACUUAUUUCAGGCUUGGAGUAACGAUGUUUACAAAAGCGUAGAGCAUCGAGUUGUGACAAACUCGAAAGUGGAGAGAUAUUCAAUAGCUUAUUUCUUGUGUCCAUGGAGCGAGACAGUAAUAAAAAGCAAGUGCGAGCCAGGGGUUUAUAGAAGGUUUAGUUUUAGGGAAUUCAGGAAUCAGGUUCAAGAAGAUGUUCGGAAGCAUGGCCACAAGAUUGGCUUGCCUAGAUUUGUCUUGUAAUGAAAACACAUUUAAUCUCUUUCAUUUUUUUUUUCCUUUUUUAAUAUUGUCGUUACAGUAGUUUUGGCUUGACACAUAAGAGCAACACUCAUAUAUGUAUAUUAAAAAAAAAAGAGUAUGAAAAUUUUGUCACGUGUCAAAUUGUGGGUAGACUAUUAGAUAAAAUGUUAGUAAAUGGAUCCAAUA